GCGUGCUGUCUAUUUUAAUAUAAUGAUCGUCUGCUAGUAUCUGUAGGUUGGAUGAAAUUAUUGCGUAACCGAAUUACUAGCUUUCAUUACAUAUCAGUUUUAGAAAAGAGUAGACGUUUAUCACACGUUGCGUUCUACGCGAUUUUAUUAGUGUCAAUAUAUAUACUAUUUAAAAGGAUUAAAAUUUCGUUACUAAAUUUAGAUAAAUGGCUGGACUUCAGGCGUUUGUUGGGAGUUGGAGAGAAGAAGAAAAGGCUGGGUUUAAUGAAAUGGCAGACGCUCUAGGUCUUCCACCAGAGAAAAAAGAAUUCUUCAAAAACGCUAAAACAGAAAUAACCUACGCCCAAGAUGGAGAUAAAUGGGUGAUCACAGUUGGAAUGCAAGGUGUUCCGAAUACUAGAACAUUCCAAUUUAAACUUGGAGAAGAAUACCAGUCAGCAUCCCUUGACGGAUCGCCGCUUACGAGUAAGAUGACGGCUGACGGAGACAAGUUUUUAGAAGAACACGUAGAUGAAAGUAUGAAUAACAUGAAAAUGUUGAUAAGCAGGCAUAUAGAAGGGGAUAAAAUGGUUGUGGUAACAAAAGUUGGAAACUUAGAAAUGCAAUCAAAAUAUGGAAGAAUAUGAACGCAUUGCCUAGCAAAUUUAUUUAAUUAAAUUAAAGAAAGCAUUGUGGCUUAUAGAACAUUUCGCUUCAAAAAACUAUAUCAGUUCGAGAAGAUUGUUAAAUAAUUGUGAUAUGAAAUAUUUAUUUGUAUCAUGCGUCAGAAAUCUGAUAAAAUGUUUAAAAAUACAAUCUACGAAAGAAAAAGAAAAAUAUUAUAUCUGUGUAUUAAUGUGAAAAAAGAAAGAAAUCAAAAAUUUAAAAUUUGGUUUAUAACUUGCCUUGUUUGCUCUUUUAAGCUAUUACCACAAGGAUAUGGAUAUCUCGUGAAAUAUAGAUGUAUAAUUGUAUUGCUUUUUAUGUUGUUAUAUUUCAUUAUUUAUUUCUCAUUUCUAUACUAUAAUAUUCUAGGACCAUACCACAUCAAUAAAACCAAGCAGUUUUAUAAAAAUUGCCAUCAUUGUGUCUAUGUUAUUUUUCGUUAAUUGAUAUUAAAUGUCUGCAAUCAUG